AUGUGCAAAAUAGUUUUGAAGUUGCACAAUGAGAGAAAAAAAAACACUGCGACUGUUUCAUUGCCUGUUGUUGACAUUGAUAAGGCGAAAAGGGCGUUUCAAAUUCCUUUUCGAGAUAACAACUUGACAGACAGCUUCUGGAACCACCUUAGCUCGCAGGAAGACUUGUAUGAGAAGAUCGAAGCGAAAUAUUUUCCAUUUUUUGCCAUUCUUCAGAGCUCGGGCUAUGGCAAAUCGAGGCUACUUAUGGAACUGCGACAACAAGGUCAUGGCAAGGCACGUCGCGUGGUUUAUAUAUCAUUUGCUUCAAAACAAGCGUACCCCACGAAUAACGUGACAAUGCAAGCUGACUUGGCACAAAAGGAAGCGAAAAUCGUGGAGAGCGCUUUUGUCAAUUUGUUUCGCUCAGCAGUUGAAUCAGUUGAAGAAGCGACAUCUUUUGAACUCAAGGAUUCUGUGGUCACACAAUCCCCAACGAAACGCACUAGAACACAAGCCGAGUCUAAUGGCAGCGUCUUGAUUGUGAUCGACGAAGCCUCGGAGUUACUACAAAGGCUAACAAACGAUGAUAUUUCGUUUUUCCGGUGCAUGCGAAAGGCGAUGGUCGAAUACAAGCGGCUUGAUGCAUCCUACAAACCGACAGCAGACGACGAUGCAAGAGAACCGAUGAGCACCUAUCUCUUGCACCAUACCCUAGGUUUGCCUUGGAACAGCUGCGAAAAACUCCUGGGGAUGAGCUGCGAAGAGUGCCACCAGCCCGUCAACCUUUUCUCCAUGGGACGACCCCUGUGGAAGGCAUAUUUGUCGAAUGAGGGGGGGAGCACCUCCUUUCUUCUUGACCUUGCGACUAAAAAGCUGCUGCUAGACUCAAAAAUCACGGAGUCAAAAGACCUGAAUGCGUCGCAAAUUCUGGCAUUGUUUGCAUGUCGAGUGUGCUUGACGAUAUCUCCUAUUUCCAUGGUGGCAUCAACGCUGGUGUCAAGUCACAUGGGUACUGCCGUCAAGCUUUCAGAAAGCCGGGAGGAUCUUGUGGUAUCGUAUCCUUCGGAACCAAUUCUUUCGAUCGCAGCAAAGCCGUAUUAUCUGGAAGGGUAUGAUGUCAAAACUGACACUACGAGCGGCAUUGGUUUUCUCCACAAAGGGCUGCCUACGUUGAAGCAGUAUUUUCUGUCCGGAGCCGUCCCGAAGGGGCACAGAGGUGAAUUCAUUGUUCGUUUGUUGAAUAUUUUGGCCAUGGACCGAGCCAUGGUCAGAACCAAGACCGAGAGCAAGGUCUCUGCCUCAGAAGGGUCUGAAGAUCAGCACCGUCCCGCUGUCGUGGAAGUGAAGCUCCGUACUUUUCUGUCCGAGUUCGUUCGCGGCACCGAUCAGAAGCAAAGUCAGGAUUUAUUUCAAGCAUCCGCAUUCGAUGGCGUGGUAUGCUUUACGCACUUUGUGUAUUUGUCGCGUUCAAAAGGCUCCGACAAACUAAUCACACCAGAUCUAUUGCGCUGUGCAUAUCGACGAACCGCUGCAAUUGUCGUAGAUGAUGGCCGCAAGGGUAUUGACUGGUUGAUCCCCGUUCGUUUAGGAUCCGACAAGUUUACGGCCCUUGCGGGACAAGAUAAGAAUCGUAUUGGAGAUUCGUUGCAUACCCUCCAGCCAUUGUCCAACGACGCAACACAUCACAAAAUGACACCACUGUACUUUCUUACAGAAGCGGAACAGGAAGAGUUCAGAAGAGCAGAGGUGUCAUUUGAUUGGCCUGCGGUUGUAUUUGCCAUUGGUGGAAACGAGAUGGAAAGUGGUUUAGCCCAAAGCGGAGAUAUGGCAUUACGUUCUGGCAUUUCUAAUGAAGUGAGAGCGCCCUGUGUUAUCUUCACCGGUCUUGGAUACACCAAGCUCAUGGAUGAUGAUUGCAAUACGCUGCUGACUGAGCUUCGUGACUUUGUGAUUGACGUGCCCGAGCACUACAGACAAAACUCACCAUUGACAUUCUUUGGUGACCGCUAUUGUAGCACUGUAUCUGAAGCGAUGUCUGUUGAUGAAGCUGAGGAGAGCUAG